CCCUCUUCCCGUUGUGGCAACGCUUAAUCAAUCUUGUGAUCUUCCUUUUCUAUCUAUUUCUCGUCCUGCCAUCAUAUAAGUAUCAUCCGUGAACAUCACCUCAUCGUCUUUUUUCCCUCCCAUCAUGUCCGCUUCGCAACACGCCCUCAAGGAGAAAUUCCCCCGUCCUCCGCGACUGCAACCUUCCCCGUCCCUCCCUAACCUACGCGGGGGAAAGAUCCCACCAGUUCCUUCGGCGACACACUCUCGGCCAAAUCCACACAAAUCUAUGUCCCAUCUCUCCUUCGCUUCUACUGAUUCCAAACCGAAGACAAUGGUCAGGGGCAACCGUCCUCGGAAACCCAGCAACACUCAGCACUACUUGACCCCGCCACUGACUCCGUCAUCCUCCCUCAAGAGCCAAAGUACUAACCCAGAAUCUACCAAUUUAACUACAUCCACUCAAGAUCAAUCCACUUCCGUUAUGACCUUCGGAAAUGUGCAACAAAGCCGAAUUCUAAUUAUCGGAAAUGUUCCGAGCGAAUUGCCCGAAGACGUAAUCACUCAAUAUCUCUGCGGUCUGACUGCUUCUAAGAGCGAUCCCUACUCGGCUCCGCCUGCCAGCCAACAGGCACAAGCCCCUUCCACCGCAAACACGGGGAUUCAAACUGUGGACUUCCGCUUCCGCGAUAGACAUCUUGUUGUGGUCGCGUUUUAUGAUGUUCGCGACGCCGAUAAAGUCAAUCGCUUAGCCGCUGGAAAUGGAUUAAGCUCUCAAGUAGAGGUCUGUGGGAAGGUGAAGGCACCGUCUGAGAACCCACUCGGAAGGUCCUGGCAAGAGGGUCUGACUUACCUGUUUGUUGACCCGAGUCAUCUCCGUCUGCUUCUUGGAGCGCCGGUUCCAGGAAUUGUGACACGUACAGAGGGCACAUUCUACGUGUUGGUCAGUGACGUGUUAGCCGGGCGCGAGAACGAGCCUUCAGCCUCUUUUACCAGUCAGAAUCACGCUUUCUGCGAAAUAAAACUCCGCGAUGCUCUCUCUAGGUAUGGAAAUAUUAGAACGUUUCGUCCUGCGGAGCAGAAAUGCGAGGAAGACAGUCGGCUAUUUGUCGUCGAGUACUUCGACAUCCGCGACGCGGAGCAGGCUUUGGAGAAUAUAGAUGGGCAAGUAAUUGACAACAUGAAGCUACGACCUGUUCUCAGGAGUAGCUUACUCGGCCAAGAUGGUGGAAUACAAGCCAUCAGAAGCGAAGAACCUUCAAGUGGUUCAGAAGUCCAUUUAGCAGAUGAUUGCACCGCGGAGCCGAAGACGACCACAACAACUUCACCCUCAUCUCCACCACAGUUGGCUGGUGCUCCCUUCGCGUUUCCCAAUGAUAACAGUUCUACAGAUCGCGGCUGUAAUCACAAGCGACCCAGUAUCAACCCUUCAUACAGCUUCCCACAAUCAAAUAAGCAUUGUUCGCUGCUACCGGAGCACCUACUAUCACAUCGUCCGGAGAAGUACGAUGAUUUACGUUGCCCUGGCCCUCUACACGAGCGUGUAUGUACUGUGACUGCUAUUCAGCCGGACAGGCGAUUUGACGCUGCGCAACGUCGACCGCCUACAAUGAGUGCCGACAGCCGUGAAGGCACACAUCUUAUCCCGGUCCCCAUAGAACACUCGUCCCAUGAUGUCACUAACCUGCAAGGCACCCUACACUUGGACAGUCAGACACAAUAUGGACACCGCUUGCUAAGUCAGCCUGACCCACCUGCUUCGGAUGCAUCUAUGCAGACGCCUUGGAUGUCAUCGCUCUCCCACAGCAACAUCCACACACAGCACCCGUUAGCUCCCCACUCUGCUGGGUCCCCGAUGUGCUGGAACCCUCUGACGGGCAACUGGGUUGCUUGGCCAACACAUAACCUCGUCCCCGAACAAUGGCCUGUGUAUCCACAUCCCUCCAUUUUUUAUCCUGGGCCUUCGCCUCCUGGGAUGCACUAUUCGUAUAUGCAACAACAAUCUUCCCCAACGUCGGUUCCUUCGUAUCCAUCUACCAUCAACCGCACAUUUGUCCCUCUGUUGACAACGUCACCACGCGCUUGCCCCGAAAACAACCAACUCGAUAUCGAAAAGAUAGAGCAAGGGGUUGACACGCGGACAACGGUCAUGAUCAAAAACAUUCCGAACAAGAUGACUGACAAAGAGUUGCUCGAAUUUAUUAACAAUGUUUGUCCCCGGCGCGUAGAUUUCCUCUAUUUGCGGAUGGACUUCAAAAACGGGUGCAAUGUUGGAUACGCCUUUGUCAAUUUUAUAAGCGUCCAGGAUCUCUUGUUGUUCGCUAAGAAGAAACUGAACGAGAGAUGGAACAUGUACUCGAGCGAGAAGAUCUUGCAGAUGAGCUACGCCAACUACCAGGGGAAAGAAGCUUUGGUGGAGAAAUUCAAGAAUUCGUGUAUUAUGGAUGAACGUGAAGAAUGGCGUCCCAAGAUAUUUUACUCCGAGCCUGGAGCGAAUCAAGGACUCCCGGAGGAGUUUCCCAAGCCCACACACAUUCGGAGGAAGGAACGUAGCUCCUUCAACCGCGGUGCACUUUUUGUGCCCGGCAUUUCCACUAACCAGAGAUCAUGCUUGACGGGGAACUCGGCCCAGCAGAACCAAUUCCAACAUCAAGGGACUGAACGUCGUUUGCGGCGCGUGCAUAACGGUGGUAAAAAUCACGCUGAUGGGGGUAGCUCGGGGUGAUGUCGUUUGCUUGUAGAGAGGGCAGUAAUGGUGAUUCUGACGUGCGACGGACCUUAGGCGUACUGUAUUCCAGCAUAUACCCAGCCACCAGCUACUUUGUUUGCGGCUUUCCAUCUGAGCAGGCGAAUUGUGUAGUACUUAUCGUAAUGUUACAGCAAAGCCAGCGCAAUAUAUUACGACCCUUUGUCGAUGUGGCUCAUGUGUUAAUAUGAAACUUGGUAUGUACCGAAGCCCGUCGAUGCGGUGCUAAAAUGUCAAGUACAUGUGCGAUCUGAUCAGACUUGGGGUUUUUCCCUAGCUAGAUCGAAGAUCCAACCCUGCAGGGUUCGCGGAGCCUUCGUGCGAGUUACUGGAAAUGUUAG